AUGGAGCACCAGCAACAGCAACCCCCGCAGCAGCCGCAGCAACAGCAGCCGCAGCAACAGCAGCCGCAGCAGCAGCAGUCUUCUCAACAGCAAGCUCCCCAGCAGCAGCCUCAGGUUGGCGGCGUCCCUGGGCCUGCUGGACGUAGACUUCACAUUGCCCAUCGCCGAAGCCCUUCUGAGCUGACGCCACUGAUGAGCAUGUUCGCUAACCCUGGAAUGGAGCAGCUUGCCAUUCAGCAGCAGAUCGAACUGUUGCAGCAACAGCAGCAGCAGAUUCAAGCUACGCAUCAGCAAUAUGUCAAUAUGGGAAUGGUGCCUCCGGGACAGCCCCUCGGUCCUGGUGGUGCGUUCAAUCCUUUGCAGCCAAUGCCCAAUAUGUCGCAAGCUGCUUUCCAAUUCCCCAACCAAGUACCUCAGCAGAACAUGGCUCCUCCCACCCAGCCACUCUCACAUCGCCGUAAUCAGUCGGCACUCCCUAACAUGGGCAUGGGACCUCCUCCUGCUCCCUCGUCUGGUGCUUCUGGAUCCGGUUUUGGCAACUUUGAAGCCCCUCAAGCCCAGGGUCGAGAGAAUACUGGAGGCCGAGGCGGCCGUGGUGGAGGUGCUGGUGGUGGUCAUCAAAGAAGACACUCUCUAGCCCUCGCCGACGCCAAGAAGGCCGCCGAGAUUGCUCAACAGAAGCGAACAACCACCGGCUUCUCCUUUCCUGCCUCUCCUGCCCCUGACGAGGAGAACAAGCCCGCUUCCCAGUCCACCCUCGAUGUUCCUGUUGCUCAGGGUUCGACCCGGGGUGGACGUGGCGGUCAUGGCCGCAGUCAGAGCAUGGCGGUUAAUGGCCGAGGCGGUGGCCGUGGUGGUUUGAAUGCUGAGAGCAAUGAAUUCCAACGCCGCGGAAGCGGCCAUGCCCGUACCGGAUCCCGCAACUUCGAAGGUAACUGGCGUACUCAAGGACAGGGCCAAGAACAGCCUGGCAAUGCCGGACAGAGCCAAGGCUUCCAGCCUGGUCACCGACCUCGCGGAUCUAUGAACCAGUCCGUGUCUGGAAUUGGAGGCUUUCAGUAUAACCCCAAUCAACCUCAGGUUAUGCAGCUCCCCAACCAGAUGAUGAUGCCCCAGAUGUAUGGACAGCAGCUCAAUCCCAUGCAGCUGAACCAGCUACAGGCUUUGCAAGCCGCUCAAAUGAAUGGCCAGCCUUUCAUGGGUCUCCAGGGCUCCCAGCAUGCUGGCCAGCUUGGUGGCCAGCAGCAGCAACAACAGCGAAAGACCCUUUUUACCCCCUAUCUUCCUCAGGCCUCCCUCCCCGCUCUUUUGGCUGAUGGGCAGCUCGUGUCUGGUAUCCUCCGUGUCAACAAGAAGAACCGUAGUGAUGCUUAUGUUACCACUCAGGAUGGUCUGCUUGAUGCUGAUAUCUUCAUUUGUGGUAGCAAGGAUCGAAACCGUGCGCUCGAAGGUGAUCUUGUCGCUAUCGAGCUUUUGGAUGUUGACGAAGUUUGGGGUCAGAAGCGCGAGAAAGAAGAGAAAAAGAAACGCAAGGACAUUACAGAUACUCGAUCCGGAUCCACUAACCAAGGUAAUCAAAACUCUGGCAAUAACAACGAUGGUAACGCUCCUGAGGGCGGAAUUCGUCGUCGUGGCAGUCUUCGUCAGCGCCCCACUCAGAAGAAGAACGAUGAUGUGGAAGUUGAGGGCCAGAGUCUCCUCCUUGUUGAAGAGGAGGAAAUCAACGAUGAACAGAAGCCCCUGUACGCUGGCCAUGUCGUUGCUGUUGUUGAGCGUGUUGCCGGUCAAAUGUUUUCCGGCACUCUUGGCCUACUCCGCCCUAGCAGCCAAGCUACCAAGGAGAAGCAAGAGGCCGAGAGGGCUGCUCGUGAAGGUAACAACUCGCGCCACCCCGAGCCUCGCCAACAGGAGAAGCCAAAGAUUGUUUGGUUCAAACCCACAGACAAGCGUGUGCCACUUAUUGCCAUCCCCACCGAACAGGCACCCCGCGACUUUGUUGAGAAGCACCAAGACUACGCUGAUCGAAUCUUUGUGGCUUGCAUAAAGCGCUGGCCCAUUACCUCCCUCCACCCCUUUGGAACUCUGGUGGAGCAGCUUGGACGCAUGGGUGAUCUUAAGGUUGAAACCGAUGCUCUUCUUCGUGAUAACAAUUUCGCGUCAGAUGAGUUCUCUGAUGCCGUGCUCCGCAGCGUUGGCCUGCAAGACUGGUCGCUCGAUAGGGAAGACGAGGCAGCCCUCGCUGAACGUCGUGACUACCGCGACGAGAACGUUUUCACGAUCGACUACAAUGGAGGAGCUGAGCUCGGCAAUGCCGUGCAUGUCAAGUCUCGUCCUGAUGGCAAGAUUGAGAUCGGCAUUCAUGUAGCUGACAUCGCACACUUUGUGAAGCCUAACUCUCUGGUGGAUCGCGAGGCUAAGAAGCGAGGCACCUCCGUUCAGCUCAAGAAUCGAUUUUGCGCCCUGUUGCCGCCCAAGCUGUCAGCUGAACUUUGCUCUCUGACCCCUGAACAGGACCGUCUCGCUGUGUCCGUGGUAUUCAACGUGAACCCUCACACUGGCUCUGUCGCCGAAGGUGAUGCAUGGAUUGGUCGCUCGAUCAUCAAGAGCGCCGGCAAGGUUUCUCUUGACGACAUUGAUGAUGCUCUAACAACCCCCUCGGAAUACAAGAACGCGGCUGUUCCUGUCAACACGAUACAGAUUCUCAACGCUGUGUCGCAAAAGUUCCGUGAAGCUCGUCUCGGAGCCGGUGGCGAACCCAUUGCGCCUCUUAGACUGCUCCAGCAACUCGAUGACGAGAACGACCCCGUCCAGGACAACCUCUUCGACUCAACGCAAGCUCUUGAGCUUGUGGAAGAACUGAUUCACAAAGCUAAUGCUCAUGUGGCACAACGUCUUGUUGAGGGGCUUCCUGAGAAGGCUUUCCUUCGUCGCCAGUCUGCCCCCAACCCCCGCCGACUCCAGACUUUCGUGGAGCGCAUGACAGCGUUGGGUUAUGAUAUCGACUCAUCUGGCAGCGGCGCCCUCCAGAACAGCCUCUUCAAGGUUGAUGACCCAGAUCUGCGAAAGGGUAUGGAGACUCUUGUCGUCAAGUCUAUGCAGAGGGCCAAGUACUUUAUUUCAGGUAAGACUGGAAAGCAGCUGUGGCCCCACUAUGCUCUCAAUCUGCCUCUAUACACUCAUUUCACCAACCCCACUCGGCGCUACGCCGAUAUUAUUGUCCACCGUCAACUCGAGGCUGUUCUCUCUGAGGGCAAGAUUGAGUUUACUGAGGAUCUGGAGAAUCUCGUCAAGACCGCCGAGUCUUGUAACACUAAAAAGGAUUCUGCGCAGAAUGCCCAGGAGCAGAGUGUCCACAUUGAGUCUUGCCGAACGAUGGAUAAGAAGCGCCAAGAGGCCAACGGCGACCUCAUUGCUGAAGGUAUCGUCUUAUGCGUAUACGAGUCUGCGUUUGACGUUCUCAUCCCUGAGUGGGGAUUUGAGAAGCGAGUUCACUGUGACCAGCUACCUCUGAAGAAGGCCGAGUUCCGAAAGGAGAAACGGGUCCUUGAGCUUUACUGGGAGAAGGGUGUUCCCAGUUCGGCCUUCGUGCCAGAGGAUGAGCGACCCAAGGCUGCCGCAUCCAUCCGACACUCAAAUGCUUUAGCGGCUCAGCGCCAGGCUGAGGAGGCUGAACGUGUCCGAAAGGAGCGUGAGGAAGCUACUCGCAAGCAAACUGAUACCGGUACCAUCUCAACUGAUGACGUUGAUGCUCUUUUCGACGAUGAUGACGACAACACGUCCGACGUGACAGAGGCCAUGGCCGGAGCCUCCCUGGCUGAGCGCCCUACUCAGAGCGUCCCCGGCUCACCCGCUCGCUCCUCAUCCAACGCCGGCAACCUGCAUCGCACUCGUUCCGAUUCCAAGGUACCUGUGGCGGAGGCUGUCGAGACUCGCCUCACCAACAAGGAGAAGUACCUCAGCUUCUUCUCGCUUCGCGAGGAGGGUGGUGACUACAUCCAGGAUGUGACAGAGAUGACGAGGGUACCGGUGAUCCUGAAGACGGAUCUCACCAAGAGCCCACCUUGCCUGACCAUCCGAUCUCUGAACCCUUAUGCUCUGUGA